AUGUAUGAGUACUUUGUGUUGAUCUUAGGCUUAGAUAACGCCGGAAAGACCACAUUUCUGGAGCAGUCGAAGACACAACUGAACCAUCAGUACAGAGGCGUCGCCCUCACGAAGAUCACGGCCACCGUUGGCCUCAACAUCGGCCGCAUUCACACCAAUGGUAUUGUACUUAACUUUUGGGAUUUGGGCGGACAGACAGAGUUGCAGACCCUCUGGGAUAAGGUUUGUGUCCACACAUUGUCGCCCAAAUUGGUUCCCUAUUUAAUGAACUUCUUGUUCCCGCGAACGGCCAGUAUUUCGCCGAAUCCCAUGCAGUCCUGUAUGUCAUCGACUCUUCAGAUCGCGAAAGACUCGACGACUCGAAGCAAGCCUUUGACACUGAAUGGCGUUCCGCUGCUUCUUGUGGCCAACAAACAGGACAUUCCAGAAUCGCUUUCGUUGUCCCGAAUUAAAGAAGUAUUUUUAAGCGAUCGUCAAUUGAUUGGUCAAAGAGAUUGCCAUUCGGUGGCCGUUUCGGCCCUCAAAGGUGAUGGUGUGAACGAGUGUAUAGAGUGGACGGUUGGGGCCAUUAAGAGGAAUAUCACGAAUAGACCCCCGAAUACCACAGAAGAAUAACAAGAAUUUUUUGGUGAAUUAUUUUAUAAAUAUAUUGUAUAUUUGAAUCACAUUUUUAUUCUAAUGUUUUAACUUUAAUAAAAAUAUAUAAUUAUAUGACUAAUAAAGAUAGCAAUUAUUUUUUCA